AUGCUGCUGCUCAGCACCUCUGACACCUUACUCCAAACUCGCCUAGUCCUCUACUAUCUUCAACCCUUGUGUCCGCCGCGUUCAUCGACCGUGGCACUGGAGAUCACAACUCCCGGACCUCUGCGCCGUCGGCGCAUUCUUCAAGUUGUCUCAACAUCCUCCUCCCAUUACAAGAGACCCAACUGUCGCAGUGUCUCAACAACACUCGAAUCUUUUUGA